CCAGUUCAAAAAUAUUUUGAUGCAUUUGACUGUACGACUGUUACCAGUUAUUUUCUGGAAUUGGUAUCUUGGUUCAUCAGAUGACAGAUAUGCAGCGUUACAAUCAUGAUGGAAAGAGAUUCAGGCCGUCCACGUGGAUUUGGGUUUGUCACAUAUGCAGACCGACGAGCGAUGGAAGAUGCUAUCAGAGAAAUGCAUGGACGGGAGUUUGGUGAAAGGAUCAUCUCUGUCAACAAGGCUCAGCCCAAAAUGGGAGGGGAGGAUGCAGACCGUGGCUUCAGGGGAGGCUACUCAUCUGGUGGCAGGAGAAGCUAUGGUGCAGACAGGCCUGCAGGACUAGAUGAAUGUUUCAAGUGUGGGCGAUCUGGACAUUGGGCCCGUGAUUGCCCUUCUGGUGGUGGUGCCCGAGGUGGGGUUGGAGGUAAACUUUCAUCACGUCACAGGUAUGGGGGAGCUGGUGGACGUGGAGACCACUUUGGAGGAGGUCGUGAUCGACACAUGGAUGACCGGUAUGAUGGAGGGCGUUAUGGAGAUAGGGACCGUUAUGACAGCAGAGAUAGCAAAUAUGGGGGCCGUGAUCGCUAUGUUAAUGACAGGUACCAACCUGGUGGAGAUCGUAUUGCAAGUGAUAGGUAUGGUGGUUCAGAUCGCUAUCCUCAGAAUGGUUAUGGCAAGGACAGAGGCUAUGAAAAAGAUGGUGGUCCACGCGGAGGCAGCGAUAGGUAUGGAAAUGGAGGAGGGCCAGCACGGGAUGACGGAAGAAGCUAUAGAAAUAAAACUGGUCCAUAUGACCGCCCAAACAAAGAUCGCCCUUCUUCCUUUGAUCGUUACUAAUUUAUGGGUCUUUUCUGUAACUUUUAGGUGUAAAACCUAUUUUAGGUAACUUGGUUUUUGGCUCUCUUUAAGUCAUGUAGGAUGGUGCUUUUGCAAUGAGCAGCAAGUUAGAUGAACUGCAAAAUUUUGAAUUUCCAAAUUUUUAUUUAAUUCGGAUUUAAUUUA